AGUGAUUUAUCCGGUCCUUCACCCUAGUCGGUAUCGGUCUUCUAAUCGGUGCUGCUGCCGCCGCCGCCGGUGAUCCCUCUCAAGCCCAGCUUCCCAGACGCUUCGCGUUCCUCUCCUCCUGUCGCCGCCGCCACCGCCCGUGCCCUUUGCCCCGGUACCCUCCACCCCUUUUCUCCUUCCCGAUCCCAACCCUCCUCUGCCUCAGACCUUCCCUUUCUUCUCUCCCUCUUUUCUCUUGUAUAGGUGAUACUGAUCUAUACUGAGCGUUGGUAUGUUGAUCUGUACUGCGUCAUACCAAUUCAGCCAUCGAUCGGGAAAAGUUGAUUACUGAAGACUUCAGCAUCCGAAGACCUAACAAGGUAGAUGGAAGGUGCUACAGAUCAGGUCAUAGAACGGCCAAUGUGGAAGAAAGUGGCCUAUGGAGGAAUGCAGCCAGGUUAUGAUGACAACUACACCGAUGAGUCAUUUCUUGAAGAAAUGGUUAUGAAUGCUAAUGUGGUAAAGAGGGAUCUUUGGAAAGUGAUGCAAGAUUCUGUCUCCAUUACUCAAUAUAUAUGCAUAGUAGCUCUUGUGGUCUCUGUAUGGGCUCACACAUUGAGCUUGAACAUUGAUGAGAUCUCUCUCCUUAAACUGGAUGUAGGUCUCCUAGCACUUGGUUUUUCGAUACUCUUGAUCACUACUAGUCAGCUCUCCGUGCAGCUUCUCUCACGGUAUUUUCUCAACAUUUCCUUUUUCAUAUGUGGCCUAUACAUUUUGGCACCUAUCUAUCACACUCUCACCAGGUCUAUGAGUUCAGAUUCAAUAGUGGCACUAACUGUAUCGCUUCUCAUCAUCCAUCUUUUCCUGCAUGAUUAUUCUGGCUCCACAAUAAGACCCCCCGGUGCUCUGAAGAACCCGAAUCUGGCAAGUAACAUCUCUUUGAAUGCGUCAAUAGUGGCAUCAGUUCUUGUGGCCUCACGCCUCCCAUCUAGGCUUCAUGUCUUUGCCAUCAUGCUCUUUUCUUUGCAAAUCUUUCUUUUUGCGCCACUUAUCACGUUUUGCAUCAAGAAAUACUCCAACAGAGUGCACCUAGGCUUUUCAUUUGCAUUAAUGAGUAUGACACUGAGUGUUGUGUACCAGUUGCAUGGCAUGCUCUUUGUUCUCUUGUUAGGUCUUCUACUUUUCAUAUCUGUUGUUUGCCCCUACUGGCUUAUAAGGAUACAGGAAUACAAGUUUGAGAUAAAUGGUCCAUGGGAUGAAGCUAAACUGUGUUUUGACAUAACGGAGUAAGCAUCACUUACCUGCAUGAUACCUUGUCAAGGGCAUGCUUUCGGUAAUUUACUGAGCAUAUUGCUCUUAUUACUUAUUCAUUUCGAUGUUGUUCAAAUUUAGUAUUCAUGUCUGUACAUUGUUUCUAGUAUUUUCUUCUGUACAUAAAAUUAUCAGCUAAAUGCUGGUUUUGGACUGGUCUUCUGUACAGUAUUUCUUAUCCAUAAAUUGAAUGCUUUCCAACAAAAGUGUGGAGUUUCUGAU